UUCAGACCCUCGUUUUCGUGAGCUUCUUUCUUUCUUUCUUUCUUCAACUCAAUAGAACUUGUCCUUUUCUUCCUCACCUCUUACUGCCUCACAAUGGAAUACGAUCCCGAAACCCCGCAGUAUCUCACUUCCGACACGUCCAGCUUUGCCUCCACCUCGGCUCGAGAGCGCUGGCCGGUGAUUUUGACGGGCGCCAUUGAUGACUUGCACCGCACCGUCGGCGAAACGACCGAUGAGGAGAAGCGUCGCGAAGGAAAGGAGAUCACCGGAAAACUCGCAGCGCUUAAGUAUGAGCUGCAGCACAAUAGACAAUUGACUCCCCUUCCUGACGACGGCCAGCCCGAUAUCGCAGACUACAACAAGGAACUAGAACAACGAGGAACCCCGGUCUGGCACGAUGCCUCGUGGCUGUACUCGGAAUGCUACCUAUACAGACGGCUAAGCGCCCUCUUUUCGCUCUCCAAACACUGGAAGGGCUAUGACGUGUUCGCACGCCAGAAGCUUUCGACCUUCAAGUCAUCCCGCCCGGCUGUCCUCGAACUGGCCGGCAGAUACAAGGAGCUGGCUACGGAGGCCGAGAAGGGCAACGAAGGCCGCACCUCUGAACAGGUCGAGCAGGCCGAGCGCGUGCUGUUCUCGGAGAUGUGCGAGAUCUGCCUCUGGGGCAAUGCCACCGACCUCUCCCUCCUGACCUCUCUCACCUACGAAGACAUCCAAAAGCUGCAAGGCAGCAAAGCGCGCAAGGCCGCCGAGGAGAAUAUUCUCGUCAACGACCUCGACGCCGCCUUCGACGUGCUCCAGCGUGCCCGGCGUGAGCGCAAGAACCAAGAGCGCCGCGUCGAUAUCGUCCUCGACAACUCCGGAUUCGAGCUGUUCGUCGAUCUCAUCCUCGCCGGGUACUUGCUCUCCGCGGGCCUGGCUACCACCAUCGUCCUCCACCCCAAGGUGAUCCCUUGGUUCGUGUCCGACGUCACUCCCCCGGACUUCAUGGCCCUCAUCAACGCCCUUUCCGACGCGCAAGGCUUCUUCACAGCCCCGGACGAGUCCGGCCGCAAGCACGAACCCUUGUCCGACAAGGAACUCUCCGAGGUGACCUUCCUCUUCGACCACUGGAGCCACCUCCACGCCGAAGGCAAGCUCAUCAUCCGCCCGCACACCUUCUGGACCCUCCCCGGCGGAUACUGGCGCAUGCCCUACCUCGCUCCGGACCUCUACGAAGACCUCAAGCAGAGCGAACUCGUCCUGUUCAAGGGCGAUCUCAACUACCGCAAGUUGACAAAUGAUUCUAUGUGGGAUCCAAUCACCCCCUUCACAACGGCCAUCGGUCCCCUCGGCCGCCCCGACUCCGGCAUCCGCGUUAUGGCCUUCCGAACCUGCAAGGCCGAUGUCGUGGUCGGUCUCCCCGCCGGCGUAGACGAAAAACUCCGCGAGCAGCCGGGCGGCGGCGGCUCCGAGGCCCGCAAGUGGGCCUGGAGCGGUAAGUGGGCCGUUGUGUCGUUCAGUGAUGGCAAGGCUUGA